AUGUCCGCUGUUCUGAUGACCCCUGUCAAGGAAGGUAGACAGGGCAACCCGUGGAAGUUCUCUCCCUGUUCCAUCAAUGCAUUCAAGGACUAUUUACGUGGAGUCACGUGCACACGGUCCAAGAAUGUCCUACCAGCGCCGCCUGACGGUCAAAGGUCAGGGGAGUUGUUGAGCAAGGACAGUCAAUGUCGCCUAGCACAACGUGAUGCCCGCAGCUCAUUCUGCCAGUCGAUGCAAGAAUUAAACGGUGGCAUGAGCCGUGUGUGUGGGGGCAUGUACUGCAAGGUUCCCGACAAGGAGAACACUUGUCAAAGUACCCUCCCACAAGAGUUUACUUCCUGCGACACCAAUAAGUGGUGUGUGGCAGGUCGGUGUGUCAGCAAGAAUGAAGACUCAGCAACAAGCAAUGCUACCACAGCCAAAAGCAGACAACAAACGCCUCGGAAAUCAUCAAGUCCUACAUUCAUUCCGAUAGUCACGACUGAUUCUGGUAUCACUGAAGCUACGA